AUGUCUGGGGGAUACGGAGGUCUCGGCCUGGCUCGAGGUGGUGGAGGAGCAAGACUGGGUCUGGGGCUAGGGGGUGGAGCGGGCUUAGGUGGAGGAAUUGGCUACGGAGGGGGACUGGGACUGGGCUUCGGUGCUGGGGCCGGUGGAGGUCUGGGUUUCGGCUACGGUGGAGGUGCAGGAGCCGGCGCAGGACUGGCCCUGGGUGGUGGUGGUGGCGGAGGAGCUCUGGUUGCCAGUCCUGCAUUCUCAAUGGGUCGUGCCAUUGCCGCAGGAGGGCUCGGCGCAAGCUCCGCUUUCAUGGCCGGUCCCGGGGCAGGCGCCUCAUUGGCCCCGAUUCUUUCCAGAGCUGCUGAGAAGCACACGCUUUCCAGCCUUAAUGACCGCUUCUCUGCGUACAUGGGCAAAGUGCGAGCGCUACAGCAAGAAAACGCGGCUCUGGAGGCCAAGCUGUCCCAGUUGACCGGAGGAACAGAUAUGUCCCCGGACUCAUCCGGCACCACCACCGUGGAGUACGAGUCCCAGCUGAGCGAAUAUCGUAGCACGUUGGAAACGCUCACCAUCGACACCGUCAAGCUGGAGAUCGAGUUGGACAACGUCCGUGGAGCUGCUCAUGAACUGAAGGCUAAGCUUGACUUUGAACAAGGAGUGAAGUUUCAACUCGAGUCGGACAUUGCAGCUAUGAAAAAGGACAUUGAAAUGGCCUCUGACCUCCGAAUCGAUUUGGAUGCCAAAUUAUCCAGCCUGAAAAAUGAACUGGACUUCAUCACCAAAACGCAGGAGGAGGAGCUGUCUUCAUUGCAAUCUAAACUGGGCACGACAUCAAAGGACACUUCAGUUUCAAUGAUUGAAGUGGACACCGUCAAGUCAUUCGACAUCUCUUCGGCGCUCAAUAAAAUACGUAUGGAGUAUGAGAAGUCUGUGGUGCAGCACAGAGAAGAGGCUGAGGCUUACUACAAACUCAAGAUGGAUGAGAUGCAAACAGUCAACGUCAAAAACACAGAGGCGGUGUCAUCGACUAAAGCUGAGAUCACAGCAUCCAGGAAAGAACUGCAGACGCUGAAUUUAGAGCUGCAGAGUCUUGUCGCUACAAACAUGAGUCUGGAGCAAAGUCUAGCAGAAGCCCAGGCUCAGUCCAGUGUGGGUGUGGCCGAGUACCAGGCACAAAUUGCCAGCCUCACAUCAGCCAUAGAGGUCGCUAAAACAGACCUUCACAAACAGAUCCUGGCCUACCAAGAGCUACUGGACAUCAAACUUGCUCUGGAUGUGGAAAUCUCCACCUACAGAAAACUGCUGGAAGAAGAUGACUUCAAAAUGCCAGAGUUCUCUGACUCCUCCUACACUUUUUCAGCCGGUUCAAUAAAGGUCAAAGAAAUUAUUACAGAGACAUCCGUCAUCUCUGACGCCGAUGAUACUGAAUCCUCCUAAAUUUUGCAAGGCGUGCGCUUCAUAAAUGCAGACCCCCUUGAAAACCUUCAGCCCAAACAUGUGGAGCUCCACCCUCUGUUUUUUCAAUAAAGCUGCACUUCAUGGUUUCCAACCAAUUUUUGAUACUUGUGCAAUAUUUCAUCAUACACUCUCUCUCUCUC